UCCAGCUGUUUCUCCAACUUCCACAUCUGCCAUUACAGGAAUCUCAAUGACAAAUUCACCAAAUGUCCUGUCAACAGUAACAUCUCCCAUCACGUCUAAUCAAGAAUUGUCAACCUCUUCUCAGAAUGGCCACACUGGAAGCAUGGAGACCAGCAGCAAUCCUCAAAGCACCCCUCUCACACAGGUGACCACAUCAACUCUGUCCUCUUCCUCAAGUGACUCAACUCCAGCACAGACAGGGUCCCAAGGCACCUCAUCUCCAGAAGCAACAACCAAUCCAUUCACUUCCAGUGUUAGUAACACAAACCCACCCAUGACAGAAAUGCCAACUGCAUCACUCUUCACAGACUCCACCUCAGGAAGUACAGGGCACACAUCUCCAGCUGUUUCUCAAAGUUCCACAUCUAUCAUUACCACAGUCUCAAUGACAAAUUCACCAAAUGUCCUGUCAACAGUGACAUCUCCCAUCACCUCUAAUCAAGAAUUGUCAACCUCUUCUCAGAAUGGCCACACUGGAAGCAUGGAGACCAGCAGCAAUCCUCAAAGCACCCCUCUCACACAGGUGACCACAUCAACUCUGUCCUCUUCCUCAAGUGACUCAACUCCAGCACAGACAGGGUCCCAAGGCACCUCAUCUCCAGAAGCAACAACCAAUCCAUUCACUUCCAGUGUUAGUAACACAAACCCACCCAUGACAGAAAUGCCAACUGCAUCACCCUCCACAGACUCCACCUCAGGAAAUACAGGGCACACAUCUCCAGCUGUUUCUCAAAGUUCCACAUCUAUCAUUACCACAGUCUCAAUGACAAAUUCACCAAAUGUCCUGUCAACAGUAACAUCUCCCAUCACCUCUAAUCAAGAAUUGUCAACCUCUUCUCAGAAUGGCCACACUGGAAGCAUGGAGACCAGCAGCAAUCCUCAAAGCACCCCUCUCACACAGGUGACCACAUCAACUCUGUCCUCUUCCUCAAGUGACUCAACUCCAGCACAGACAGGGUCCCAAGGCACCUCAUCUCCAGAGGCAACAACCAAUUCAUUCACUUCCAGUGUUAGCAACACAAACCCACCCAUGACAGAAAUGCCAACUGCAUCACUCUUCACAGACUCCACCUCAGGAAGAAUUGUCCACCUCUUCUCAGAAUGGCCACACUGGAAGCAUGGAGACCAGCAGCAAUCCUCAAAGCACCCCUCUCACACAGGUGACCACAUCAACUCUGUCCUCUUCCUCAAGUGA